AUGCUCGUCAUGCGCUUGAAUCGCACGGAUGAGGACAGACAGAGGAUCGCGGGGGCGUUGGAGAUGCUAGAGCGAGGCUUCAUCGUGGAUUCGAGGGAUGAGAGUGGGCAUAACGUGCUUUGGGGAGCUUUGAUGGGAGCCGCGGCCGUCGCCGCGGACGAAGGCGCCGCGGCGGGCGAGGAAACGGUGGCGGUCUUGCGCAUGCUUCUCGAACGAGGCGCUCGAGCGAAUCAAAGGUAUGAUUCCGGCGAAACGCCGUUGCACUUGGCGGCGUCGAGCGGGGUCUUGGGCGCCGUCGCGGCGGUGUUGGAACACGGAGGCGAUCCAAACGCUCGCAACGACGACGGAAGAACGCCGCUGAUGCUCGCGUGCGCGCGCAAAUUGGAAGAAAGUGAGCGUCCGCACAUCGUUGAAACGCUCGUGAGUUGUGGGACAAACGUUGAAGCUCGUGAUUCGAAUGGUUUGACGGCGCUGCACAUCGCGUGCAAGUGCGGCAACGACGUCGUCGUCGAAGCGUUGCUUCGAUGCAAAGCUGACUGGCGCGCGCGAACGCCGAAGCUCGGUGAAUCAGCGGUGAUGCUCGCGUACACUCACGCGCGUGCUUCAGGAGUGAUUGCGGAGAUUUUGAAGUACGUCGAAUCUCUCGAGGGCGAAGCCGCGAUGGUUGGCGAGACUGAAUUUUUUCGCGCGACGUCUCCGCUCUUUGCGACGACGACGGCGGCGGUGCGUUGCGUGAAGGAAGACAUCGCUCUGGCGAAAUGGUGCGAGCGCGAAAAAGAAAUAAGUGCGUGCAUCGCUAAAGUGAGUGGUGUUACAACCGGGAGUGUUGAUUCGGGCAAAAUCAUACGCUUUCCCGAAGAUGCGUCGUGGAGUCCCGAGGCACGACAAGAAGUCACCGCGCUUUAUUUCCGGGCGUGCGACUUUGAACUCGACGACGACGAUGACAAAUCAAACGUCGCCGUUUCGCUGUAUCGCAAGUACGGGGACGUUCUGUCCGCGUUCAUUCGAUUCAAUCACGCCAAUUUCCCCAUGUCACUCGGCGAGUCGUACGCCGACGGAGGGGAAACCUUGCCCAUCGAUUUCGUUGCUCGAGCGCUUUACGCCUCGAAACAAGCGAGCGGCUCGUCGACCUGCGUCGGCGUAUCCUCGAGUCUGACGCCCACCAAACUACAUUCACCGGUGUACGUCGCGUUCAUGACCGUCAUGUCGCUCAGCGUCGAUCGCACGUUUCACUACGCCCCGUUCAUCACCGACAACGCGAAGGCUUGGUUGAUGGCUGAAUCAGCGUUUAUUUGCGUGAGUCGAGGCGGCGCGUACACCGCGGCGCGAUUGCGAGACGCACUGAACGUCCCAACGACGGUCAUAUUGCUCAGGUCUGACGACGACGCAACGCCGGCGUGUUUUGUGGAAGACGCGACGGUGAUCGAGCAAUCGAAGUUUCGCGAGACGCGACUCGAUUCGCACUCUCACGCGACGUUGCUCGUCGAACUCGUCCCGGGCGACACCGAGUUGCUCGAACUCGCCAUUGACAGCUAUGGCGGGACCACCCUCACGCUCGUAAACGCGCGCAGUGACGACGCCGAGUGUGGGGCCGUCGCGCGCGCGCGCGGUUUCAAAGAAGACGCUCGCAAACGCGCGCCUUCGUUCGUCGCCUCUGGCCGUCCGUUCGCGUUCUCGCGAUGGACCAAAUCUCCGUAGCCCCCGUAGCCCCCGUAGCCCCCGUAGCCCCCGUAGCCCGGUAGUCCUAGCGGCGCGCUACACCCCA